AUGGCAGCAAAUGAUGCACUCAGGCCAGCCCUAAUUGUGGUGGACAUGCAAGAAGACUUCUGUCCUCCACACGGGUCACUCGCCGUUGCAGGAGGCCGCGAAAUUGCCUCGAUAAUCAACACUUUACUUGCAAAGCCAGGAUUUGUCACACGCAUCAUGACCAAAGACUACCACCCAAAAGACCAUAUCUCUUUUGCCAGUAACCAUCCAGGGCCUGACAACCAGCCCUUUACCUCAUUCGUUACAAUAAACAAUCCCGCCCUGGGAAAGGAAUCAGAAACAAAACCACAGCAACUCUGGCCAGUUCACUGUGUGGCUGGUACCCCCGGUGCAGAGAUUAUUCCCGAGAUUGAUACCUCCAGCGACCAUCUAGUUGUUCACAAAGGUAUGCUCCCAGGAGUUGAGAUGUACUCUGUGUUUGCGGAUGCUUUCGGAAACUGUGAUCAUGGAACCAAUGCACAUUCGGUCAGCCUAGAUGUUGCCACAACUCUGAAAGCUCAAGGCGUUACAGAUGUAUUUGUUGUGGGUUUGGCUGGGGAUUAUUGUGUCAAGGCUACAGCCCUUGAUGCUGCCAAGACUGGAUUCAAAAGCUGGGUUAUCGAGGAAGGAACUAAGUGUGUCGUGCCUGCUGGUUGGGAUGCCACCAGGGAGGAACUUGAGACUGCCGGGGUGUCGAUUAUCUCUAUAGAUGACCCCAUCAUCAGGCAACUGGGGGGGAAUUGUUGA